AUGAUCAGCAAGGUGUGCCUCUUUGCCGCUGUCCACGUUUGCCUCGCUGAGUUCGUUCUGGAUGUGGGGGCACCACGAAGCGGCACUCAAAGUAUGUUUGAGGCACUGAAGCAGCUGGGUCUGAAUCCCCUUUGGAGUGGUUACUACACGCAUCUGCGAUGGACUUGGUGCGACUAUCUGUUUGCCAACGGCACGCGGCCGCCCUUCGACAAUCUGACAGGCUUCGAGGCUGCCAUGGACGAGCCUUUCCAUCUGCUCUAUGAUGAGGUUUUGCAGGCGAUUCCUGACGCCAAGUUCGUGUACACAGUGGCUGACCCAGAUUCAUGGUAUGACCAGUACCUGGAAUUCUACGCGCAUCAAGUAGAAUCAGCCGACACCACAAUUUACGAUAGGCACAACUACUAUCCUGGCCAUGAGACGGACGUGAUACACAGAUUGUCUAGCCUGCGUGGAAAGCAGGGCAAGCGGCAAUCUGAGCGAACACGCGCCGACUUCUUUCCACGACCUCUGGGACACCCGCUGCAUGGGUACAAUCCCGACGAGGAGUGGGACAGCGAGGAGUCUCAUUGGAUUUGCACAGGCUGCCGCUUCUGGGGCUGCCGCUUCAGCGACCCCGAGUUGCGCCACACCGAAGAGGUCCGGAAUAGAUGUCUCGAGGGCUUCCGCCAACAUCGGGACAGGGUGAUCCGCACGAUCCCAAAGGAGCAACUCCUGAUCUUCAACUUGUCUGAUGGUUGGGGCCCCCUCGUGGAGUUCUUGGGCAAGCCGACUCCACCGAUUCCCUUCCCAUACGUGGACAGGUUCCAGAUGAGCUUGGCAGAAACCAAGCAGACGUCGGUGGUGGAGGUCACAUCCGUAGCCUUGGUGCAGCGUGGAGCUGUGCGGCUCCAUCGAAGCGAGCUUUGA